ACUCUGUAAAUAUUGAAAGUGAAAGUGUAUUUAAAAGUGCAUUAAAAAAAAAAAGUAAAGCAACUAAUGGUUCCAAGUGGAAACUCAAAAUGUGUCAGUGGCUACAGGUUUAUUGAUUUAGAAAUUCUUGCUUCCAUUUUUGAUAAACUUGGGUGUCCAGAAUGUUUGCGACCAUCACAGUUGUCGUUAAGCGAAAAUAAAAAGUCUUGCAAAGGAUAUGCAUCAAAUUUAUCAUUAAAUUGUGUUUGUGGUUUCAAGUUAGACUUUGACACAUCAAAAAAUGUAGCAGGGUUUGAUAUUAACAAAAGAUUAGUGUAUGCCAUGAGAACACUUGGUCAAGGCCAAGCUGGCCUACAUCGGUUUGCCGCUCUUAUGAAUAUCCCAAAAGGAUUAUGCAAUAAAAGCUAUAAUGUUAUUGUUCAAAAUUUGGCAACUGCAGCACAAACUGUUGCUGUUGAAACUAUAAAUAAAGCAGUACAAGAACUCAGAGAAGGCAAAUCUCUUAAUGAGAUCUUAGAUAUUGGAGUUUCUGUUGAUGGAACAUGGCAAAAAAGAGGAUUUAAUUCACACAAUGGGGUGACGGCAGCAUUAUUAAUUAAAAAUGGGAAGGUUUUAGAUGUUGAAGCAUUAUCUAGAAAGUGUAAAAUAUGUGACAAAAAUCAAGAUGUUGGUAAUUCAAAGCAGCAGCUAACAGCAAAAAAAUCACAUAUUUGCAAUAAAAACUAUGAAGGAUCAGCCAGUGGAAUGGAAACAGUUGGGGCAAUAAAGAUAUUUAAUCGCUUUUUGCGAUUUAAUUUACGAUACACAGAAUACUUGGGUGAUGGUGAUAGUAAAAGCUACACUUCUGUCAAAAACACAUACAAGGGUAUUGAAGUAAUUAAACUAGAUUGUAUUGGACAUUUUCAAAAGCGCAUUGGAUCUCGUUGUAGACAAUUAAAAAAGCAAGUCAAGGGUUUAAAUGGUAAAGGCGGUUUAACAAGCGCUACAAUUGAUUGGUUGCAAAAUUAUUUUGGUAUUUGCAUUAGGCAAAAUUGUGGCAACCUUGAAGGUAUGAGAUCUUCAGCUUUGGCUAGCUUAUUUCAUGUAGCAUCUUCAAGCAAUUGGCUUAAAUAAAAAUUAAAAUAAUUGGCAUUACCCGCAUUGUCCCACAGGAAAAGAUAGUUGGUGUAAAUACAAUCGAGAUAAAGCUAAUGGAACCAAAGAGUAUAAACCCGGACCAGGUCUUCCUAUUGAAAUAGUACACAAGUUAAAGUCCAUUUAUGUAGAACUAAGAUCAGAUGCUUAUUUAAAUCGUUUGCUUCAUGGAAGAACACAGAAUCAAAAUGAAAGUUUUAAUGCAAUGAUAUGGUCUAAAAUACCUAAGUCAAAGUAUGUUUCGCUUACGCAAUUGAAAUUUGGACUCUAUGGUGCUAUUGGUGCCUUUAAUAUAGGAUUAAAGUCUAGUAUACUUAUAUUUGAAAGACUUAAUAUGAUACCAGGGCAACAUACCAUUUCUGGAUGCAAUUACCUGAACCAGAAAAGAGUUAUGAUGUCAGAGUAUAAAAAUCAAGACACCAUCAAAAAAAAAAGGAAGAUUUUAAGAAGCUGCAAGCUUAAAAAAUUUGACAAAGUUGAACAGAAAGAAGGGAAAUUGUAUGGGGCUGGUGUUCAUGAUUAAAAAAUACAAUCAGUAUGCUCUUUUUAUAUUAUAUUUUUUGUAUCUUUGUUAUUAUAUAAUAUUUUUCAUCACAA